AUGGAAAUGAAUGUUGAAGUGUAUAGUGAGAAAAAUGAAUUACCUCCAGGCCUACUACAUAGGUUAUCUGAUAAAAAUAAACAACGACAUUCAUGUGGCAAAACAAUAGGUCUUCUUGUUGCUCUUAUCUCAUAUGUUCUUGCGUUGACAUUAAUUAUUGGUGAUCUUUUCUUAGAUAGUCAAAUUUUUGGUCGUAUACUUCAUCAUUUUCAUGCACACACAAUUCCAUUAAUUCCACCUAAAAAAUGGAUUGCACCACUUUGGAUAAUUGUCUAUGGUUUACAAAUUCCUUGGUUAUUCUAUGCUAUAACAACAUUAUGUCGUCGAAAUGGUCGUUGUAGUGAUAAUGAUUAUUUAUAUAAAUAUCCUCGUCCAGUACCUCCUAUACAAUUAUUAACAUUUAGUCUUGGUUGUUGGUCACAUAUUAUAUUUUUAUUUCUUAUUCAACAUCAAUCUAAUAUUCUUGCAACUGUUUAUAUUAUAUUAGGUACGAUAGCAUUAAUAUUUUGUUUUAUAACAUCAAUAAUUCAUCUUCAUAAUUAUGAACGUGAAUUAUCAACAUGUCAUUUAUACGGUGAUAUAUGGUUAAUUAGAAUAUUUGUUCAUAAUGGUCUUAGUGUUAUGUUAGCAUGGCAAACAGCAUUAAUUGGUUUUUCAUCUUUAUAUGCUUAUAAUACAUUAUUAUUACCAUCAAAAAUAUUAAAUCAAAUCAAUGAAUCAACAUUAAAUUUAAUUGGUUUAUGUCUUAUUAGUUCAAUAUGUAUUAUAGCAAUAAUUUAUAUUAUAUUAAUGUUAUGUUUGUUUUCAAAUACAAUAUGUCAUAUUAUUGCUGGAUGGAUAUUUCUUGUUUUAUUAACAUUUAGUUAUUGGUAUGAACAUGAACAUCAAAUAAAUUUUAUACUUCUUAUAUCAUUUUAUUUAUUAACAGCAUUAUUAUUAUUUAUUGUAUGUCUACAUUUAGUUUUAACUUUUUUUCAUUAUUCUAAUACAACAUGUAUAUCAUGGAUGAAUUCAAAUAGAAAUAAUUAUCGUCAUGGCAUACUUCAAGGAAAAGACUGA